GUCACCUGAAAUGCUUGAUAUAACUUUGCUUCAUAUGAAAGCUUAGCUAAUGAUUAGCCUAUUCGCCAAAUUUGAAAGUCCAAUGUUUUAUAUUUUAUGAGAUAUGGUCUUCUGAAUUCAUGACAUUGACGAUUUCCGAAGGCCGAAUUCAAAUAGCGCGAGCGAAUUUGAAUUACCCAAGCUGGGGCGAGUUUGACGUAAUAGUUGCCAUUGCAUGUUUUUGCUCAGUGCAGCCAGCAGCAGUACAAAUUAAAUUUCGCCAAUUUUCUUUUUGUUGUUGCUGCUACUAUUAAUGCGUGUUUAUCUCGAUGUCUUCAACGGAGGAAGAAGUCGAAUUUGACAUCGAAUAUAUUGCUACGGAGGUCCAGCCUUACAUGUUUGAACCGCUAGCUAGUAGCAAUAAUGUUGAAACUGACGAAGAUCUGUCUUCGCCGUCGUCAACGGACAGCUCAUCUGACGAAUAUACUCACAGGAUUGGAAAUACAAACUGGUGUGAGUGUGGACACUGUGUGGCGAUGACAACCGGCCGGGAAAGCAUUUGUUGCCAUGAGGAACCGAAGACAGACCCUAAAAUUCAAGGUGACCAUUUAUGCAUCACAGAAGAACAAGAGUUUCACAUGGUCUGCAUCAACGAAACAGUCGUUAGAACAGCUAUGGUUGUAAUCGUUCACGAUCACGGGGCAAUACCAGACGCUCCAGAAACCGAAACUUUGCGUUACACUGCCUAUAGGCAAUGGACAGCAUGGAUACAUGGGAAGCUUGGCAAGAAAUAUGGACUUCCUAUACCAUCCUGUGCUGUUAAAGAAAUAAGGAAAGCAUUUCCUUCACCUUCUGGCAUAUAUAAAGGGUUUGAAUAUGCACAGCAUUUAUAAAUACCUCUUGCAUUGCCUUGUAAAAGAAAUGUGUAUGCUUUGGUGCAUAUAGUAUAACAACUCGAUGAAAACCUUCAAGAGCUGAUGUUUGUUUCUCAUGGCUGAGCUUCCCAAUAUCUUUCAUGAGAUACCUGCUUUCAACAAUCGAUGCCAAUUCAGUAAAUGCUCUAGAUCCUUGGAAAAAAGAUAGAAAAUUUUAUGGUGCCCAUUUAUGUCAUAUGUUGACAAAUAACACCACAUUGUGGCAUUGGCUGGCAAUUGAAGUUUGUUGAUAAAGAAAGUAUCAAUUACUGUAAAUAACUAUUAUGUCUUAUACCAGAGCAUUUAGGAUUAAUUUGUACCUUUCUUUAUCCAUAAGCGAGGCUCAAGAGUACCAUGCUCACAUUUUGGAAAUAUUUCACUAUGACCAUCAUGAAUGUUGCAAAUGUGAUUCAGCAAUGAUAGCCAUUUAGCCUUAAGUAGUUUCUCAUCACCACCACUACUUGCAGUCUGUGCCUGUCUGUGAUAAGAUGACUCACUUGAAGAUUGUGUGACUGAAUAAGUUUAAAAGAUCUUUUCAGUCCUUCCAAUUCCAUUGCCCCUGAAUUUGCAACUUCAUUUGACUGUAAUAGAUGUAUUAAUGUAAAUAAAAUCAUACAGUGUUUGGGAUAUGUAUGUCUGCAAGUAUGCAUGUAUGUUGGUGUAUAUCACAUGAUUUAGUUACACACAUUGUAUUCAUGUUGUAUAAGUACAUAUUACACAUUUCCUAAAAUGUGUUUGCAUACAAUACUGUUUUGAAUACAAUACUAUAAACUAAUGAAUUGAGCUAGUUACCUGAACUAA